UGAGGGAUGGUUUAACAGGCAUUUAGGAGAGGCGUCCUCCAUGGGGUCCUAGAAUUUUUUUAAGGUCCUUUGAUUGGAAGUGGCGCGGGGUGCUGAACACGGAAUGACUGAAAUAGGAAUAGAUAAAGUAUUCAGUAGAGUUAUUUAUUAAAUAAAUACACCUUACUAUUAUUAUUAUUAUUGUGUGUUUUUUAUUUUUUAUUUUUAUUUUAUUUGUAUAAUGUUAUCGCUUGGACAUGACCAUUGGUUCAUUAGGAAGGUGGUAUUUUGGCGGGCAGCAGCAAGUAUUGCAUGGUCAGUGUUGUUGUUACCAGCUUCCACUGCAAUAUUUGUACUUCUGAGCAGGAUCAGCGUCUUGCAUCCGAUAGAAUGGAUAACAGGUUCACUAAACUUUUUGUGUGGUUCCUACGUUAUUUUUUCUAUUGUACUUCUGUGCUUGGUGGUGCUGAUUAUUGGUUUCUUCAUUCUGGAGUUUUACACAGUGGUGCCUUCAAUACCUUGUACUCAGAUUGCACUAAUAGGAAAAGUGCUUCACCCCCAGCAGUUUAUUCACUCUCUGGUUCACUCUAUGAUGGGAAUGCUGGUAUCCUGGUGUGCAGCAGUGAUGAUAGGCGGGCGAUACCAGUUUCUUACCUCCCCUUGCAUUACUGAGGAAAGUGCUGUUGCUAGUUCUUUGUGCCUCAAUGAGUACCACCUCUUCUUUCUGUUGGCUGGCGCUUUCAUGGGUUAUAGCUACAGUCUUCUAUAUGUUGUUGGCAACAUGAACUAUGUGUCUUUUCCAAAUAUACAGCAAAAUAAGUACCUGCGUUUCAAGGGAACCCUGCCUCUGGUAAUUAAGCACAGUGCAGUUCAGGCAUUGUAUUCUGUUCGGAACUACUGCAUCACUUAUUUCUUCUUGGGUUAUAUCCCCAGAGCAUGGAUAUGUACAACAAUGAAUCUUCAAAAAGACAGGGCUCUUCACUCCCUGGACACCCUCACAGGCCUACUUGACACUUCUCUUCUGUACCACUUGUGGAUAAGUGGAACAUUUCUCUUAGUAACAUGGUACAUGACAUGGCUGCUGUUUAGAAUCUACACAACAGAGGUGUAUUGCUUUCCAGUGCAAUCCUCAUUUUCAGAGGAUGCACACCAGUGCCUUCCCAAAGUCUUAAGCAGCAAGCAACCCCUCAUUUUAAAGUAUUUAGCUUUACAGGAUUUUGCAUUGCUGUCUCAAAACUCUCCAUCCAGAAGGCAAGAAGUGUUUAGCUUGAGUCAACCCGGUGGCCAUCCUCACAACUGGUCAGCACUAUCAGGGGAAUGUUUAACUAUAUUGAAUGACCUUACCCAGAAGCUGAUUGCUUACCAAGAGGCUGUUUCGUCCAAUGGGAGAAUUAAGCCACAGUCUGUUGGCAGUGAUAAGAGACCUUCGUCUUCUGGCAGUUCGGCAACAUCUUUAAUAGAGGAACCUACGAGCUGGCAAACACCAAGAGUUAGCAUGGGUCCCAAAACCCCUGCUUCUGUGUUUCUCAGGUCCUCUGUGGCAUCCCCAUUCACUCCCGAUCUAGGAAGCCCUUUUGGUUCCCCUGCAAUGAAACGACUGACUGGAACACUGGACCCAUCUUCUCCUUGGCAUGGCUCAGUGCAAAGUCCUCAUGUUAUGAGAAGAGGACCCAAACUCUGGACCUCGUCUUCGGGUGCAGAGUCUCCCUUGAAUGGCAGCCCACAAUCAGGACCUGCUCUGGUGCCAAGCCCGGUUGCUGGGGCACAGAAGCCCAGCAUAGUCUCUCUGUGGAUUCAGAACCGUCAGGAACAGGUUAAAAAUGUCCUGGCUAAACGGGUGCUGAUAAUGUAUUUAUUUAAUAAGCUUCCAGAAGCCUCCAGCCAAGCACUUUUUGCUGAGAGUCAGGCACACAUUUGGGCACUUGAAGGUCUGUCCCAUUUGGUAGCAGCAUCCUAUACAGAAGACAGAUUUGGGGUUGUUCAGACUACACUUCCUGAUAUUCUUGGUACUAUGCUUACUUUACAGGAGGCAGUAGAUAAGCAUUUCAAGUUACCUCAUGCCUCCAGUAAACCAGCAAGAACUUCAGGCAGUCUGGUUGAUACUUCCUACAAAACCCUAAGGUUUGCUCUGAGGGCGUCUCUGAAAACUGCCAUCUACAGGAUAACUACCACCUUUGGAGAACAUUUAAAUGCUGUUCAAGUGUCGGCAGAGCAUCGAAAAAGACUCCAGCAGUUUUUGGAAUAUAAAGAAUGAAGACAUUCCCUUUCCCUGACUUUUUAUUAAUGCUGCAGCAACUGAUUUUCAAAACACCCGAGUUGUUGUUUUGAACUGUUUUUCACAUGUAUGCUCAAACGGCCUUGCCCGUCGAGGAAACGGGAACAUCAACGUUUUGAAUUGCCACGACAACUCUUUCCUGUGGUGAAUCUAAACGUGUAACCGCAGAAUAGCUGAGGAGUUCUCAGAUGUUCUGUAACUUUCCUUCGGUCCCCUUUUCCUUCCCUCUCCGCUAUACUGUAUUUGUAUUUGUGCUAUAAUGCAGCAUGCCCAAAUUUCUGGGGCAUGGAUUUCAUAUGGGUAUUUCUAAGGAUGUGCAAAAGUUCAUAAAGGUUUAUAUAAAGGUGACAUUGUCCUGGCACUUCCUUUUUUUGUGUGUAUGUAUAGUAAUGUAAAUCUUUCUAGCAAGUUUACAGUAAUGUAUUUUGAUUGUAACUAUACACAGUACAAGGGCAACAUUAUAUAAAUAUAUAUAUAUAUAUAUAUAUACACACACACACACUGUACAGUAUCAAUUGCAGCAUGCAAUACUAAAUCAGAAUGAUUUAUUUAAGUGCCAAUUACAAUAUGCUAUUUGUUGUUAUUUUCCAUAGUAAGAACUAAAGGACAAAAUGUAUGUCUUAGUUGAUAAAUAAUGUUAACAACGUAUUUCUAGUACAUAUUAUAUAAAUAGAAUCAACUGUUUAAGAGAAGGCAGUAAUCCAUCAUUUGGUGGGGUGGUGAUUAUUUUAUGUAACCAAAGGCAAAAUAGAAAGUGUGUGUUCUGCAGAAAAGCAGCCAAAGAUUCAAGUCCACCUUGUGACAUAGUUACUAGAAAUACCAUGUAUGGUAAAUUUGUUUUGGGUAUUCUUAUAGUAAAAAGAACAGUAUUAAAAAUCAGUGCAUUUAUAAAUUUUU